AGAACUUGACUCAUUCCCCACUCUCAAUCGGCAAGAAGACGCCUCGACAUGUCAAGCCCUUCCCCAGAUCCAUAUUUUGUCAGAUUUCAGUGGAAGACAUACUCUGAUGCGGCACUCGCAAGACUUGUUCUGGACAAAUGCUUUCCCAUCAGUUUAUUCGAAGAGGUUUUGAGCGUUGUUCUAGAUCCAGGCUUUAAGCCACAUGACGUUACGUUCAAGCAUGCACACUGUAUCUUUGAUCAAGUCGCAGCUUUUGGAAGGAAUUUGGCAGUGGAGCACGAUGUGUCUGCGCCUUCGGACUCUGAUUCUGUACGUGCACAGACAGAUGGCCAUAGUACUGUAGAGAACUCUGCAAAAGCUGCACUUACUGUGCCGCAGCCGUCGAAUUCUGGAUCCCUUGAAGGUGCUUCACCUGUUUUCGUUAGUGCAGAUGCAUCUGGACAAACAACAAGUCAUGACUCUGCACUUGACCAAUCCGACGAUCAGACGGGUGCGUUUGCUGCUAGGAACACACUAACAGAUCCUACAACAAAUGCACAUGACAGAAGUAUCUCACCUGUGGUUAUGGGCUUUGCCGAUUCUCUGUCUUCUGUCUUUUCCGAAAAAGACGCGAAUGCUCCAAGUACCAAACAAUGCAAUAACACAAUAUCUCCUUAUUGCGAAACGUCAUUUGAGGGGGUCCGUCGUCAAGAUUAUGCGCAGGGACGCGAGCCGACAGGCGGUGUUGGGCAGACGAAAGCAUUUGGGUUAGCACCUUCGCCUUCAUCCAAUGCAGCCUGCGAUCAGACCGUCGCAAGGUUUGGCGGCCUCUUCCCUCCCAAAAAUCAACAGUCAUUCGGAAAUAUAUAUGAAGGUCAAACUACGACCGCCGGCUGUGGCAGUGUUCCACCAGCGACUACUGGUACAAUGCCUUCUUAUCGCGGAACGUCGCGUGAGGAGCUUCGUUUUCAAGAUUAUACGCAAGGACGCAAGCCGACGAGUGAUAUUUCUCAAUCGAAAACAUCCCAAUUAGCACCUUCGCAGUCGACAUUUGCGCCUUUCGGUAAGAUUACUGCGAAUGCGAAAACCUCCAGAGCCUUUGGUUGGAAUGGUCAGCGGACUUCAACACAGUCAUCUACAACUUUCGGUCCCCUCGGACAUCCUCUUCCGAAUCAUGGACUAGUACAGGGUACGGGUACGGGUACGGGUACGGGAGACGUUGUUUCAGUGUCCGUUGAACAAGGCGCACCACAGCAGCAGACCAAGAACACAGAUCUUCCUGGUAGAAGCGAUGGACGUGUACCUCUAUUCUCAAAUAGAGAGAAUCUUAAGAAGGCUAUAUCUGAACAGCUUGAGAUACAAUUAAGACGGCUUAUGACACAGCCGCCGACUUCGGCCAGUCUAGGCCAAUUUGGUCAGAAUGACCAGCCGCAACAACAAGAUCAACUUCAAAAUCGCACCCCAAAUCAGCAACAGUAGUGUCUCGUGUUAUGUAUUCGUUUUCAGGCGGGAUCGAUCAUUAACUAUUCGAAUCGACUAUGGAACGUCUGUUGGGACUUGCGCAUUUGGAGGGUGAUUGUUGUUUGAACAAAGUAAACACUGUCAUGUACUUUUAAUGAAUGUCAUAUUUGCUGCAACCGACUGGGUUUCCAUUUACUCUUCAAUUAAUCUGCAUCAGUGUCUUGUACAUAAC